AUGCUGCAGGUGGAAGACGUGCCUUUAGAUGACGACAUCGACGUCGCCAUAGGAGCAAGCAGAGCUACUUCCACGAACCCAGGUGGCUCCGGUCCGAGUGCAGCGCAGCCGCAAGCAGAUCCAGAUGCGCCGAAGUUGGUGAUGGCCUCUCGCGGCCUCAGUGGCCUGAUCGAGAGCGUAGGCGGAAUGCAGGUCGAGGAAGAACUGCGAGAAAACACGGUUCUCCUGAACGUGUACGAUGUCAGUGACAGUGAUGUCAUCCAGAGGGUGAAUCGCAUCCUCACAGUGGAUGACAAUGUCCUAGCCGGAGGAGUCUUUCACGCCGGUGUGGAGGUUUAUGGCAAGGAAUGGUGUUAUGGUGCCACAGUGCCGGGGCGGACUGGUGUGGGGGCAGUGAAACCGCGCAUGCACCCACAGCACAGGUACCGUGCCACUGUGAAUAUGGGCCAAACCGAGAAGACGCCACAAGAAGUGAACCAUCUUCUUGCAGGCAUGGCAGCACAAUGGCCUGGUAGCUCGUACGACCUGAUCCAUCACAACUGCCUCAGCUUCUGCAAUGUUCUGCUCGGUGAGCUCGGCUUGAGGCGAAUCCCCGGUUGGGUGGAUCGAGCGGCUCGGGCAGCAAGCCAGGUGGAUAAUGUCGUCAAAGCAGUGAGGAGCAUCAGCACCGAUGAGGUAACGGUGCAGGCGGAGGAGAGGCUACAGAGCUUGAGGCGGGAGUCCUUUGCCGCCCUCGAGGCGGCCAAAGACGGGACACAGAAACUCUUCGUGCGGGCCCAGGAGCAGGCGCAGCAGCCACUGUCCGAGGUGCAAGACCUGGGUGUCAAAGCGAGCGAGCUGGCGGGCAAGGCACAGGAGCAGCUGCAUUCUGUGGGUGCGAGCCUUUGGCAGUGGGGACAAAAUCUCCAGGAGUCUGUCGGCAUGUCUGAGGCACCAGCACUCUCCGAGCUGGGCAAGAAAGCGGAGGACAAUUGGCAGACCCUGUCCGAGAACAUUUGGACGUGGGGUCAGUCUGUCACACAGGACCUGAAACAGACCCUGGAGGGGCCCGGAGUUGCUCGCAAGCAAUCCUCAAAGACAGAGACUGCGAGCCAAAAGGAGGACUUGCGCUCCUCCUCGGCCGGACUCAUCAAGGCCCAGGAGACCAGCCUUUUGAAGCAGGGUCUGCUGGAGGACGAGGACGGGGAUGAUGUCAGCUCGCGCGAGGCGGAACUAGUGAAGGAGGCCCCCUUGGAGUGGGCGUCAGGGAAGCAAUCUGAGAAGGGAACGGCCGACUUCAACCCUCCACCCCGUGGGCAAGACCUCCUUGAUAUGGGCGACGGCCCAGCACCAGCGAAGGAGCCACAGGCUGCCGUCAGCUUGCUCGAUUGA